UUUUUUUUUCCAAGCUUAAACAUGUGACUUUGGAAUUGCUGUCUCGAAAACGUGGCUGUGAUGUAUUCAUCUUAAUGCGUAUUGUAAUCUGAAAUUAAAAUAGUCUUUGAAGACAGGAAAGACUGAUUUACUCUGUUGCUUGAGAUACAAUUGUGCUGUAAUUGAAUUUUUUAGUGGAAUGAGCUUAGUAAUAUUUUGAUCAAGGAAUAAUUUUUGUUAAUAAAGUUUUUCAUCGAAGUAUUCCAUACAACUCAUCUAAACACAAAGAUGUCAUUUCUAUACUUUGCCUAUGGUAGUAAUAUGCUGAAACAGCGGAUGCAUAUCAAUUGUCCUUCAGCUCUAUUUAAAUGUAUUGGGGAAUUGAAGAAUUUCAAAUUAUCAUCUACUGAUUUCGCACAUAGCUGGAAAGGAGCAGUAGCUACAAUACUUGAAUGUAAAAAUGACUCUGUUUGGGGUGUUGUAUGGGAAAUAUCAAAAGAACAUGAAGAAAAACUAGAUUUACAAGAAAAAGACUAUCAACCAUUGAUCCUUCCUAUAGAAACAGAAUUAUUUGGGAAACUAAAUUGUAAAGUUUAUCAAAGAUUAGUGCAUAAAGAAGAAAUGGAUUUAGUAUCUUGCAUUUAUAAGGCAGUAUGUAUUCAAGGUGCUAAAGAGCAUGGAUUGCCUUUGGAAUACAUAAAAAAGCUGGAAGCCAUUCAAGAUAAUAACUAUAAGGGUCCAAUUGAUAUUCCAGUUAAAAUUAAUAUAUAAUAAUAAUAAGCAAUUGAUUUAUUUAUAAUUGAUAAAAUAUUUUUCACUUUUGAAGUUUUAAUUAACUUAGUUUAAUCAAAAUGUUAUAAAAAUCAAAAUAAAAAAAAAACUCUUUAUUUUGUUAUUUUAUUAUGAAUUAAUUUUAUUGAAGUUGUUGAGAUGCUCUUGUGUAUUUCAUAUUUAUACUAGUCUUUACUGUGAUAUUUUUCUACCUUAUUUAAAAAAAUGAUUUGAUCUCUUAUUUGCAUUGUUCACAUUGCGCACAUUGUUCGGUAUCAACUUUCUUAUGAUUGCCAUAAUGUAAA